AGGCUCUGGUCCCUAACAAUGGCAGGCAAGGAUGUGAACGGUUGUGUUUCUUUCCUGAAGCCCAAGAGGGACCGUCCUCCACCUCCCCCUCCACCACCCGUGACGGUGUGCCCCACGGUGAUCAUCUGCUGUUGUACCUGCCGGGGGAUGUGCAUGAGAAGAGGGCUGCAGGGCAAUCUGAAUCCCUUGUGCAACAUCAUCCCACCAAGCUGCCAACAGCUGCCACUGAUGUGGUGUCGGUCCAGGGAGCAGGAGAGGUGGCCCAGUCUCACCCUCAUGAAGAACCCCUGCAACCCAAGUGCGUGCCUUCAGCCCAACCUGGACAGACUCCCCCUCACCUGGUGCCCACAGUGCCACCACCUCCCAGACAGGUGCUCCAGGCCUUCCUCCAGGCUCCUGCCACUGCCUCCAGCCAGGGAUCAAGGGCUCUACAGGAAUACCUUGUCCCUGCCUCCCCCAUAGCCCAACUUCAACGCACCCACACCCCACAUGAAGAGGAUU